CGUGUUCGCGCUCUCUCGAGACGGAGGACCCCGAGCCGCGGCUUCCCUCAGAGCCGGGCGAGCAUGGCAGACGGAGCUCACGCCCUGCUCGGCGGCAGCGGCGGCAGCCGGGGCUCCAGCCCCUCCGCCAGCCCCCUCAUAGGCAGAGGGGGAAAGAGCCGCUCGCUGCCCACCACCACCACGUCGUCGUCUUCGUCGUCGUCCUCCGCCUCUUCGCUGCACCAGCAACGGCGGACGCCGCCCGCGUCGCCCAAGCAGCAGCCACAGCAGCAGCAUCAACAAGCGGCGUCUCGUGGGAACGCGCCCGGGCACUGCUUCAAGAGGGUGACCCUCACCAAGCCCACCUUCUGCCACUACUGCACCGACUUCAUCUGGGGGCUGGCCGGGUACCUGUGCGAAGUUUGCAAUUUUAUGUCUCAUGAGAAGUGCCUGAAGCAUGUGAAGAUGCCAUGCUCUUGUGUCGCUCCAAGUCUUGUAAGGGUUCCAGUUGCACAUUGUUUAGGACCUCCAGGACAUUACAAGAGAAAGUUCUGUGCCGUGUGCAGAAAGCUUUUGGAGUCUCCAGCAUUUCGCUGUGAAGUUUGUGAGCUGCACGUGCAUACGGAUUGUGCCCCGUUUGCUUGUAGUGACUGUCGCCAGUGCCAUCAAGAUGGCAGUCAGGAUCAUGAUACAUACCAUCAUCACUGGAGGGAGGGAAAUCUUUCUUCAGGUGCACGUUGUAAGGUCUGCAGGAAAACGUGUGGCUCUUCCGAGGUGCUCUCGGGUAUGAGAUGUGAAUGGUGUGGUAUUCUGGCUCAUGCUGCUUGCUCUGUGAUUGUACCUCCAGAAUGUACAUUUGGAAGACUAAGAAACAUGAUUCUUCCUCCAAACUGUGUGCACUUAUGUUCUCGCAACUUCAGUAAAAUGCACUGUUUUCGGAUAUUGGAAAGCUUACAGACAGAAGCAGAUGACGACGACGAUGUUGACAGUUCAACACAAUUAUCACUAAAAGAGUCCCAGGUUUCCACAGACUCAAGUAAACAGAUCUUGAAAAUAUACGACGGGAACGAUGCAGUAAAACGCAAUCAGUUUCGGCUUAUUACGGUCCCAAGGAUUACAAAAAAUGAAGAAGUUGUGGAGGCUGCACUGAGGUCGUAUUACAUCAACGAUGAUCCACAAGAUUAUGAGCUUCAGACAUUUACUCAACAGGCCUUGUUUUGCGAUGACAUCAUUAACAGGAAUGAUACCACAGAAGAGACCCAGCCAGGGUCUGUAUUCCGAGAAACCGUUCCUGAAGCUUGGAUCAUUAGAGCCAAACCGAGAGAUAAUGAAGUCGUAAAAAUUUACCCUGGAUGGCUGAAGAUUGGAAUGGCCUGUGUCUCAAUACGAGUAAAUAAAGAAAGCACUACCCAGAUGGUGAUUAAAGAAGUUCUCCCAUUACUUGGACACCAGUUGGAAAACUUUCAGAACUUCAAACUGGUGGAGGUACUCAUGGGGUCUAAGCAAGUUCAGCGAAUGGUUCUGGAUGAUCACGAAUUGAUUCUCAGCAGAUUCCAAGACAUAAGAAAGACUUCACUACGUCAGAUGAAUCAAACAAGAUUUUACAUUGUAGAAAACAAUAUAUCAGCUACGCGGGUACAUUUGUUUGUUGGUGGUCUGCCACCUCAUCUCUCUACUGAUGAAUACACAAACAUCCUCAGAGAUGAAUUAAGCCUCAAAACAAAUCUAGUUUCUGUGAGCCACGUAUAUUCAUCUCAAGGUGCUGUUGUACUAGAAAUUUCAUGUUUUGCUGAAGCCGAAAGACUCUAUAUGCUAGCUAAAGACACCACUGUUAAUGACAAGCCACUAACUGCAGUUGUCAUCCCUGAGGUUCUGCAAACCAACCUUCCUCAGAACUGCUGCCCAUUGCUUGUAUUUGUGAAUCCAAAGAGUGGAGGACUUAAAGGCCGGGCUUUGCUCUACAGUUUUAGAAAACUGUUAAAUCCUCAUCAAGUCUUUGAACUAACGAAUGGAGGACCACUGCCUGGGUUUCACACAUUCUCUCAAAUUCCAUGUUUCCGAAUACUGGUGUGUGGUGGUGAUGGCACUGUUGGUUGGGUUCUUGGCGCUCUGGAAGAGAUCAGACACAAGCUUGCCUGUUCAGAGCCGUCGGUGGCUAUUUUACCUUUGGGAACAGGUAAUGACUUGGGGAGGGUGCUCCGCUGGGGCGCUGGAUAUAGUGGCGAAGAUCCAUACUCGAUUCUGAUAUCUGUAGAUGAAGCUGAUGAUGUGCUUAUGGAUCGCUGGACCAUCCUUUUAGAUGCUCAAGAGGCUAUUGAAAGCGCAGAAAAUGGUGUGUUAGAGCCUGAGCCUCCUAAGAUUGUGCAAAUGAACAAUUACUGUGGCCUUGGAAUUGAUGCAGAGCUGAGCCUAGGUUUUCAUCAUGCCAGGGAAGAGGAGCCAGACAAAUUCAAUAGCAGGUUUCACAACAAAGGUGUCUAUGUAAAAGUUGGGUUGCAGAAAAUGAGCCACACAAGAAAUCUUCAUAAAGAAAUAAAGCUUCAAGUGGACCAGCAUGAAGUUGAACUUCCAAAUAUUGAAGGCCUUAUUUUCAUUAAUAUUCCCAGCUGGGGUUCUGGUGCCGAUCUUUGGGGGUCUGAUAACGAUAAUCGGUUUGAAAAACCAAGAAUUGACGAUGGCUUACUAGAAGUAGUUGGUGUCACUGGAGUUGUUCACAUGGGUCAAGUCCAGGGGGGUCUACGUUCAGGCAUCCGAAUAGCCCAGGGCUCCUACUUCCGGUUGACGCUUUUGAAGCCAAUCCCAGUACAAGUUGAUGGAGAGCCCUGGAUCCAGCCACCAGGCCAGAUCAUUAUUUCUACAGCAGGACCAAAGGUUCAUAUGUUAAAGAAAUCGAAACAGAAACAGAAAAAAUCAGGAAAUUUAAAGGACUCAAGAUCUGAGAGCAUGAUGGUCAAUGAAGUGGGACGCUGAUGGAAAAUGAUAUCCACAGAGCAAUGCAGCACGCCUACUAUAGAUGAGAUGGAUCUGCCUGGUGUAAAACUGUAUUUGUACAGUUCCAAGUUAAGAAUUGGUUGCACAAGAGCCUGUUGUAAUUAUAUUUCCAUGUUUGUUGUACAGUGCCUAUCCUGUAGCCGACAUGAGAUUUAGUUUAUGCAUCUCAUGUUGGUCGGAGAAGUUCGCAUUAGGUAGCCUUCCCAUAAACCAUUAACCAGUUUUUGCUUCAUGCCCGUAGCCAAUAGAGCAGAGAUCCCAUUAUGCCAUACUCUUUAUAUACUACGUUUUCCUCACCUUAUUCUCCCUGGGAGUCACUUAUUUUUAUAAAAUAAGUUUUUAACCCUUAAAAACACAUCCCAAACCUACUUAAAGAGUUUUAAAGCUAGGCGUUCCCCAAGAGGGAAACAUGGUGAAGGGAUAAAAUUGUCACUUUUGUGUUGUUGCUGAUUACUUGUGCAAUAAGUAGGAUUGGGAGCAAAUGGAUAUCAUUCCAGCGGCACAAUCCCAUUUUCCGCUGCACUAGGUGUGCUGCCACCAUGCCAAGGUUCGCUACAACGUUCCUGGCAGAUUCCAGUUAAGGCAGGCUCUUCC